AUGGACACUGCUUUCUUCAUGUUAAGAAAACAACCAUUGAUAUUUCUACACUGGUACCAUCACAUAACAGUUCUCCGUUAUACAUGGCUCUCGUUUAUGGAAACCGUAGAAUCCAGUAUCUGGAAUAGCUUAAUAAACGCUUUUAUACAAUGCUGCAUGUAUUCUUAUUAUGCUUUGAAAGCAAUGCGAUUCAGUAUACCGAAAUGGGUCUCCAUUAUGCUGGCUAUGAUGCAAAUGGUACAAAUGUUUUGGGGUAUCGUUAUAGAUUUUUCAGCCUAUUACUAUGUACAUAUUGCCCAAAUUCAAUGUAACAUUACAACUUCAAACCACAAAUUCAAUCAUUUCCUCUAUCUUAUUUUAUUCCUCAAUUUUUUCAAACAGUCUUAUCUGUCUAACAAGCAUGUAGAGGAGAAAAGACAAAUCAAAUCACGAAUCCAUGAAGCACAUAAAAUACACUGUGUUUCUGUUUAAUUUAUCUAAUUAUCUUACAAUUUUCAGAGAUCCAAAAAUCCUUGUGACUUCAGAAGUCAAGCAAAAAUCAAGUCUAUGGUUUUCGUUAUUCUCUCAUAGUAAAUCACUCGUUAUACUUUUCGUUGGUUUUUUUUAUGUUUGAGGUCAAAGUAUGCGGUCAAAACUGAUAGCUAAAAGAACAGUUUUAGCUUACUUUUAUUUGCAGAAUAUAUAUAUUUAUAUAUUUGCAAUAUAUCUUUGAAAUAUAUCUAUAUACCUUCUAUAUAAAUGUAUAUGUUAUAUAAUAACUUAAUUAUUGUAGUAAAAAUAUAA